UUAUUUUGUUUUUCGGGUACGUGUUAGUAAUGUAUACAAAAACAUGUGCGCCAAGUUCGGCGAUUCCAGUGCAGAUUAAAAAAAGUUCGUAAUUAUCAUGGCAAAACACAAAUUUGAAAAUAAGGGACCACACAACACAAAACUUAAAAGUGAGAAGCCUAAAAAUCGCUCACAGCAUAAACGAAAAGGAAACAAGUUGAAGUUUUCAAUAGAAGACGAAACUGUUGAAAUUGGUCAACUGAGAGAUAAAUAUGCCAAUACGAAAGUUGAAGAACACAGUAAGUUCUCGGAUUUUCCUCUUUCAAGGAAGACCCUUCAGGGCUUAUCAAAUGGUCAAUACAAAACACCUACUGCAAUCCAACGGGAAUCAAUUUUACCGGCGCUUCUUGGUAAAGAUGUUCUUGCGGCGGCCAAAACCGGAAGCGGAAAAACACUUGCGUUUCUGAUUCCAGUAUUUGAAAAAUUGUUCGCUAGUCAGUGGACUCGUUUAGAUGGACUUGGUGCUUUAAUAAUAACGCCCACUCGUGAGUUGGCAUUGCAGAUUUUUGAGACUGUCGCUAAAAUUGGAAAACACCAUGAUUUCACUACUGGUCUGAUAAUUGGUGGCCAAAAUCUAAAGUUUGAAAGAAAUCGACUACAUCAGUUGAAUAUUAUCAUUUGUACGCCGGGUCGUUUGCUACAGCACAUGGAUCAAAAUCCGCUAUUUGAUUGCACCAAUCUCAAAAUAUUGGUUCUAGAUGAAGCUGAUCGUUGUUUAGAUAUGGGUUUUGAAAUGGCUAUGAAUUCUAUUAUCGAGAAUUUACCAAAACAACGACAAACGUUACUGUUUUCGGCAACUCAAACAAAAUCAGUGAAAGAUUUAGCUCGUUUGAAUCUGAAGGAUCCGGUUUAUAUUGCACCACACGAGUCGGAAAAGUACACGACUCCAAAUCGUCUGCAACAAAAUUACAUAGCAAUAGAACUUGGUGACAAGCUGACGAUGCUGUGGUCAUUUCUAAAGGCCCACCCUAAACAGAAAAUUAUUGUGUUCUUUGCCACUUGCAAACAGGUGAAAUACUUUUAUGAGAUAUUUCGUAAGCUUCGUCCGAGCAUUCUACUUCUUCCGCUUUAUGGUGGCAUGAACCAGGAGAAACGGAACAAAAUCUACGCGGAGUUUUGCGCUCGCAGUAAUGUGUGCCUAAUGGCAACGGAUAUUGCAUCUCGAGGUCUCGAUUUUCCUAAAGUAAAUUGGGUUGUUCAGUUAGAUUGCCCAGAAGAUGCCACCCAAUACAUUCAUCGCGCUGGGCGAACCGCCCGUCUCAACACUAGUGGCGAAAGUUUGCUUGUUUUACUUCCACAGGAAGAAUCAGGUGUAAUGUGCAUGCUGGAAAAGGCGAAGGUACCAAUCAACCAAAUUAACAUUGAUGAAAAGCAACUGUUUUCACCGUUGGUAAAAAUACAAUCUUUUUUGGCUCAGUCGCCCGAUCUGAAAGAAAUGGCGAAACGAGCAUUCGUUGCUUAUGUGAAAUCGGUUGCAUUGAUGAAAGAUAAGACUGUAUUUGAUGUUUCUAAGCUAGAUUUGGAAAGAUAUGCCAAAUCAUUGGGACUAUUGGUUACCCCUCGUGUACGUUUUUUGUCCAAAAUUGGUGGUAAAUCAAAGAACGUCAAUACAAAUGUUAAAGUAACGUUGGAUGAAAAUGACGAAGAUGAUGAUGAUGAUUUGUUCACCGUCAAGAAACAAACUGUACAAGAACUAGCCAGUUUGGUUAAUGUCCCGUCUAGUACGGAGCCAAAGAAAAAAUUGACUAAAGUUAAACUACUGAAAAAAUCAAUGAUAACUAAUAAAAAAAUCAAUUUCGAUGAUAAUGGUGAUGUUUUAGAAGAAGAGAUGAGAAAUGAUGCUUAUGAUAUCGAGAAAGCUCGAGCUCAACUUCGCCUGAAUGAUAUCGACGACAAGGAACGAUACAAAAAUCUGAAAAAGGCGAAACGAAUAGCUAAAAAGGAAAAACUGAAACGGAAAGCAGAGGAGGAUGACGAGGAUCGAUUCGGUAGUGAUGAUGAGAACAGUGUCAAUCUAGAUUGGCUUCCAGAUCCCGAUAAAGUGUAUUCUAUUGAAACAGGAAAAAAUGAACAAGUUGAAGGAAACACAGCUUUGCAUAAAAAAUCCUCUAAGAAACGAAAAAUCGCUAUCGACGUAAAAGACAUUACACUAAAUGAAGCAGAGUGCCUAGCGAUGAACCUUCUCCAAUAAAUUGAUUUAUUUAUCCAUAAAAAGAAACAAA